AUGAGCAGUGCAACUUGGCGAAACUUUUUCACGUACAACAAAUAUGCCCAAAUCACCGCACGGGCUGUUCGACAGUCGUUGAAAGAGUCUGAGCGUGUCGUGGCUGAGAAGAGAGGUACGACCGCUCUAAAAUACCAACAAUGGGAAAAUGGUGUUGGUGGACCGCAGGUACUUCUGAACUCCGAGGAGGCCAAGAAAUAG